CUUGAGGUGAUGCAUGUCCUUCUCGCUGACAAGAUAUGUUACUGUUGUGGGGUUAGACAGGAUGGCUGACUCACUUCCCCUCAACCAGGCUGUAGGGUUUCACACCAAGGCGACAGAAAAGGGGGAGAAGACAGGCGGCAUCGUCGGUAUCCACCUCUGCAGUGGUCUGUGUGACGUUUGUGCUCUAUUGUAUGGAUAGCCCACCCUGUUCCCUACUUCUGAAUGAAGUGUGCACAGUCAAGCACUGAGGGAACAAAAAGGAGAAAGGCUCCUGUUGCUGGAAAGAGAGGAGAGAGGGGAAUAGAGACACCAGGAUUGUGUGGGGGUCUCUGUCUCUUUAAGCUGGCUGUUUGUUACUGCAGAGUGUGUGGGUGCUGCAGUGGAGACAGAGAGAGAGGGAGAGAGAAAAAGAGGGGAGAGAGGAUGAGGGAGCAUUGAUGACAGCGAGACGUUAGAGAGGAACAAGUAGUACAGCAGCGAUCCAGGGCUCAUGUCCACACACUGAGGUGUGAGGGAGACUGGGCAGGUGCAGACCACAGGAGAAAAGUGGGAGGCAAGUAGAGAGGUGAGAGUAUUAGGGAGCGUGUGAGGAGUACAGGUGGAGGGGUGGCAGAGCGAGUGGAGAGGGGGCUGUUUAUUCGGAGCGUGGCACCGGUGGCAGAGUGGCUGCGCUGGGAUGGCAGAGGGGGGAACUGGGGGGGCUGGCGCUGGGGCAGCCCUCAGAGGGACAGGAGCGGCCGGGGGCAGGACAGGAGGGCCAGCGAGGGUUACGCGCACAGCACGGUGCCUGCCGGAUGGUGCCACCAUGCUCCGUCCAUGGCACAGAUAGCACCUCUCGUCCCGGGGCAGAAGGACGUGAAGGAGGAGGCUCGGGUGGGGGUCAGGCCAGGGGGAGUUGAAGGUGUCAGGGUGGGCAGAACGUUGCUCGGCCAGGUGUCACUGCAUCUAGAGGAGGUGACGGGGGAUUCGGAAGGGGAGGCUGGCAGCGCCUGCUUCGGACAGGUGUCACGGCGGCUGGGGCGGCUGCUGAAGAGGCUGCCCAAGUCUCGCUCCUGGAGCGACAGCCUGCGGAUCCUCCGGAGAUCAUCCUCGAACGGAUCUCUGCUCACCACCUCAGACUGUAGCUACACCUGUCACCUGGAAUGCCAGAGCAAGGUCCGUCUGGACUGCAACAAGAAGGACAGACAGCUCGAAGAAACUCUAUCUCCCAGGAGACGCUGCUCCUCCGCAGCCCCUCAGCACAGGCAGAAAGAAACAAAGGAGGAAGAGGAGAAGGGAACAAAGGACCUGUCGGAAGAAGAGGUGCGGACAAGGAUAGAAGAGUACAACGCUCAAGUCUCUGAAAAUGGCAUGAAACUGGCUUCAGAUGGAUCCUACACAGGUUUCAUUAAGGUCCACCUGAGGCUCAGUCGACCAGUCACAGUCCCUGCUGUGGAGGCGGCAGGCUCAGAAGGAGCGUCCAAGCAGGCAGGCGGCCACACUGAAGGGACGGACUGUGCGCAGAGCGAAAAGAGAACAUCCUUCUACCUACCAUGUGACUGUGUGAAGCAGAUCCACAUCAGCUCUCUGACCACCACCAGAGAGGUCAUCCAGGGCUUGCUGAAGAAGUUCAUGGUGUUGGACAAUCCCCGCAAAUUUGCAUUGUACAGGCAGACGCACCGCGACGGACAGGAUCUGUUCCAGAAGCUUCCUCUAUGUGAGCGUCCACUUCUCCUGAGGUUGAUAGCAGGGCCUGACCCAGAGCAGCUCAGCUUUGUCCUCAAGGAAAAUGAGACUGGAGAGGUGGAGUGGCAUGCAUUCUCUGUCCCUGAGCUACAAAACUUCCUGGUAAUCCUGGAGAAAGAGGAGGCGGAGCGCGUGCGGGCAGUGGAACAAAAAUACACCAUGUACCGAAAGAAACUACAACAGGCCCUCCAACAACAUGACCCCUGACCCGUUCACCUGUUACCUUAUAACCUCAACCCAGGGAGAGACUGACCCUUUGAACGUUGACCCCCUCCCCCUCAACACCCGUGAUCUAUUCAGAGACUGGAGCCGGAGCUGAACUUGUCUCCACCCUCCACACAUACACCCAAACAUACAGUACAUUUAUACACAGAUGCAUACCCUUUCUCAGGACGCAUACAAGCCCCCCCUACCAUCCACACAUCCACUCCCCGAGGAGAGAAUCAGGGGUUGAAAGCGACGUGAAAGGCUACAGGGUGUGUGGUCUGCUAGCUGAUUUGAAAAGCAGUGCUUUCAUUGCCAAGGACACACACAGAAAGAUCACAGCAAUGCAAGAUCUGAAAGUCCGACUUGAGAUCUCGUUUGGGACUGAUAUGAAUCAUUAGUGUUUUUAAAAAAUUCCCUCCCUCUGCUACUGCUGCUGCUGCUACUGCAAGUGUUACUUAUGCAUGAGUCUCUCUCAGCUCAUCCCCCUGCACACAUAGAGUUAGAAGUAAAACAGAAGGCAUGAUUACUCUUUGGUGGAAGGACAAUCAUACUGAGUAUUCUUUUUUUCUUGGAAUAUAUGUAUAGGGUUAUCACCAGAUGUGUUAUUUUUGUGCCGGAAUAUAAACAUGUGGAUUUGUGAGGGAGGUGUUUGGGGUCAAGGCUUGAGGCAAAAGGCUGUGGAUGCUGGAACAAGACAUGGAAAGAUAAGAAAGUGAGAUCCAUUCUCUGAUUUUUCUCAGGGAGCAUGCGUCGAGCAAAGAGAAAACCUAAAGGAGGAAAGAAACCGAAAUCCACCCUUCAACACCCCGUUUUAGCCCACUUUGUCCAAAAUCUCAGCUUUUUUUUAUUUGUUUCUAUUAUUUCAAUUUCCUAGUUUAACAACAUGUUAGAAGACGCUUUCAGGUGCUUCGCUGACAGAAAGGUCUUCAAUCUGACCCAGUUACCACACAAAUCUAACCUCUUUUAUGACAUUAAAGGGCAGCUUUGGUAUUUUUCAGUCUGGACCUUAUUUUCCUAUGUUUUUUAUGUCUAAUGGAGACAAGUUUCAAAAUUGGUCCAGUAUUAAAUGAGAGCACUGCAGCCCACAGCUGUGAAACAGGCUGCAAUGUAACGUCAAAGGGCAGUUGUGCACCAUCAAUUAACGUCCACUAAAAGUGCUUGUUUCUUUCACUGUCAGGCUCAGAUUAUUAUAAGUGUUUGAAAACAUUAUGAAACGGAUCCUUACAAAGAUAGAACUUUUUGUUAAAAGUAAGUAUCUUUUUGUUUUACUAGAAACAGACCCGAAAUUGCUGUCAGCAAACUCACUAAACUCCAUUUAAAUAAACAGUGAAUAGUGAAUAGAGGCAACAUAUUUUCACACCUAAUGGGUGAACUGAGGGUUCAUUUCAACCAAAUUAGAGUUGUGGAUUGCUGGAACAGUGAAAGAAGGAACCAAGGCAGCUUUUGUGAGUGUUAUUUUGUGUCUGUCGACUUUGAAUGAAGAGUGUUUUAUCAUGAUAAAAAUCACUGUUUAUUUAAGUGGAGUCUGGUGGGUGCGACCGUGGCGAUUUUGGGGCUGUUUCUGGCUCAACAAAAAGGAUCUUAGUCUUUCACAAAAAGAUCUAUCUCUGUAGGAAUCCUUUCCAUAAUGUUGUCAGACACGUCAAAAAACUAUUUGAGCCUGUCAGUGGCAAAAACAAGCACUUUAAGUGGAAGAUAAUUGAUAGCACGCGAUUGCCCUUUAACGUUACAUUGCAGCCUGUGGCGCAGCUGUCGGCUGCAGCGCUUUCGCUCAAUACCAAACCAGUUUCAGGAACUGUGUCUCCAUUCAUCACUUAGACACAAAAUCACAAGAAAAUAGGAUCCAGGUUGAAAAAUACCAAAGUUACCCUUUAACUGUUAUUCCAUUUUCCCUCCCUAAAUCCAGAUUCAACCAACCUUGCACGAACUGCCAAGCAAGGCAAAACACAUACCUUCACAGAUUUUACACUUUAUUGUAAAAGUGAUUUUACACUGUUAUUAUAUGGGUUGCAUUUGAAUGUGAUGGGAUUUUCACACCAAAGCUCAGAGGGACAGAUCUAUUGAGAGGAUUUUAAAGGGAUGAGAGACAUUUGGAAGUUUAUCUAAUUAUAAAGGUGGUGUAUGUAAAAAAGAAAUUAAUUAACCAGCUUCUGUUUUUGCACAUAUAGAUGCAGGUCACUGAAGGGCCCACAGCUCUGGGGCUGGGCAUGCAUUUUUGCUUCUCUUUUCUUUUUAUCUCCCCACCUUCCACCCCAAAAAAAGAAACGAAAAAUAUAUAAAGUUCAUGAUAAUGGCUAUGAUGUACCAAUGACGUGUUUGCAAUGCAUAUGUAUUAUGUAGACACUGGAAAAGAGUGACAAGGUUUAACUUUGUUGUUAUUGCGAUGAAUAUUAAUAUUCUUUUGGUAUCAUUCCUACUGGUUGGUGUGUGUGUGUGUGUGUGUGUGUGUGUGUGUGGGUGUAUGUGUGUGCACUCAUAUAGAGCAGGGAGGAUAUUGUGAAUUGUGUUUUAUAAUGAGUGUCUGUGUGUGAUCAGCGCUCCCUUAUUGGGCCUCACUUAUCAAGUAUAAAAACAUGCAUUGAGUGUAAUAUAACACAUUACAACUGCAAAUUAGGUUGUUUUGGAAAACAUAUUUGACAUGCAUGUAACAUAAAACGAAUGCAUCUAUCCAUAGCAUUUACUGUAAACAUUUCUCAUGCGCACACAAGCUUAUUUUUCACCCUUUAGAUACAGUGUAAAUACUGAUAAAUGGGGCUCGUCAUCCAUAAGCACAUGCUUCUCAGUAAACCCAAACCUGUUCUUUGUUUUUACGCCACCACCCAAAGCCCAAGCUGUUCCUGCUGGCAGUGCCUUUUGUUUCAUGUGCCCCUGUGGAUCUACGUAUGUAAGGUGUGUUUCAGCACACAGGUGCCUGCGUGGAUGUGUGGGUGCUUUAGCAUGUGUGCAAAUCUACGUUUCUUGGGUGGUGUUGUACAUGUAUUUUUCUCUUUCUUUCCCCGACUCUCAACACAUUUGUCUCUCCAACAAACUCUCUGUGUGGGUGUGUGUGCGUGCGUGUGUGCGUGCUUGUUAUUUAUUUCAUGGUCCACCUCAUCCAUAUGAUAAUAUGUCAAGGAUGCCGAGACUUGAUGCUUUUUUUUGCAAUUUAUUUUGUUUAAUUUGAAGAAGUGUGUAUAAAUAUAGCAGUAGAACUGUACAGAAUAUCACAAUGAAAUAAAAAGGUCAUCCCUUUAUUGA